AUGGAUAGAAGGAUAUUCCGUCUGCUGCUGCUGCUGCUGCUGCAGCAUUUGCUGCUGCUCGCAUGCAUGUGCGGCAGCAGCUUUGGCUUAGUACUGCAGCAGCAGCAGCAGCAGCAGCUGCUGCUGCUCCGAUGCCUCAGCACAACUGCAGCAGCAGCAUCGCCAUCCUCUCUGCGGCAGCUGCAGGCAGCACCGCGCCGCAGCAGCAGCAGCAGCAGCGGCGACAGCAGCAGCAGCAGCAGCAGCAGCAGCAGCAGCAAACCAACGAAGACCAGCAGCAAACCACACCUCAGCCAUAACCCCACGCUGCUGCAGCAGCCACAGCAGCAGCAGCAGCAGCAGCAGCAGCUUUCGCAGCAGCAACCGGUACAGCAGCACCACCGCCCCCGUAAGCAGAAGCAGCAGCUGCAGCAGCAGCAGCAACACAAGCAACAACAACAACAGCCAGCAGCAGCAGCAGCAGCAACACCAGCAGCAGCAGCAGCAACACCAACAGCAGCAGCAGCAAGCUUGGUGCAGCAGGUAUCGCAGCUAACCCCUAGAGAGCUUAAGCAGCAGCACCAGGAGCAGCAGAAGCAGCAGCAGCAGCAGCAGCAGCAAGAGGAACAGCAGAAGCAGCUGCGGCAGCAGCAGCAGCAAGAGGAGCAGCAGAAGCAGCAGCAGCAGCAGCAGCAGCAAGAGGAGCAGCAGAAGCAGCAGAAGCAAAAGCAGCAGCAGCAAGAAGCGCAAAAGAAGCUGAAGCAGCAGCAGCAGCAGCAGCAAGAGGAGCAGCAGAAGCAGCAGCAGCAGCAGCAGCAAGAAGAGGAGCAGCAACAGCAGCAGCAGCCACAGCAACGGAAACAGAGGCAGCGGCAGCAACCAAGGAAACUGCAGCAGCAGCAGCAGCAGCAACAGCAGCAGCAGCAGCAGCAGAAAUUGGGUGUAUGGGGCCGGCUGCUGAGGUUUAUAGGGUUCAGCAGCAGCAGCAGCAGCAGCAGCAGCAGCAGCAGCAAACCUGCAGCAGCAGCAGCAGCUGCUGUUGCUGAUACAAAGAUACAAAAGCCUGCAGCAAAAGAAAAAGCAACGAAGACAACCAGACUGAAUGGAGAGGCCGUGAGAGAGCUGCUGCUGCAGCAGCAGCAGCAGCAGAAGCAGCAGCAGCAGCAGCAGCAGCAGCAGCAGCAGCGGAUAGAGUGCGCCGAAUGUGGGUCGCAGCUUUUUGUUGCAAAGGGAAGAGAGAAACGAUUCCUUACCCGCACAAAAUGCCUGGGCUGCGGUUCUUUGUUUUUUGUUUUAAAACCCUGA